AUGACCAUGGAACGGCUGCAUCGAGGUCGAAAUCCCUUGCCUGCAGUGCUUCCGAGCGCCAGCCUGCCUGAUUUAGGCCUUGAUUUUAAGCGGUGGAUGCCGGGAUUGGAAGAUGUCCACACUGGAGCUCUGCAGGCCGCGGCACUGUGUGGAGGGCUGUUGGCCGCAGAGCCCAACUUGCUGAGUGGCGGGUGGCAACUGCAGCUGGCGGUCGCUGCCGCGCUCUGCAUGGCGGAGGGGUCAGAGAUGUUGGAUAGCAGCUUCCACGAAGGCACUGUGGAUUUCUUCAGGCGUUACGAGCAAUAUUGCACCGAUGCUGUGGCACAGCGGCUCUUUCCAGAGUUCCGCUCCCUGCGCGCCUGGCAUUUUCGCUACGUUUUGGGCAGUUGGCAUUCGGACCAGGAUUUGGCAUGGUCGCGGGCCAAUGUGUCCCAGGAGUUCAGAAAACCUGAUGCCAUUGGUGAGACCACAAAGAUGGUCAAGUACAAACCUUUCAAUGACAAGGGUGUCAGUGUUCAAGACGGCUUGCGUUUCUACGAUGACCAGAGGGCAACGAUGCCACGCAUCCUUGACUAUGGAGGCGUCUGUGGCGCGGUGUCCAAGUUUGGCGCCAGCUGCUGUCAAGCCUUUGGGGUGGCAGCGAUGCCCGUGGGGCAGCCGGGACACUGCGCCAUGAUUUGGCGCGCACCUGGCGGAAGGCAAAGCAUGGGGUUUCCGGGAUGGUCGUUUGAUGAUGUUUGA